UCAAAAUGGCUGCCACGAUAUUGAGAAAUAAUUCAGCUAGUUCCCUUUACAUUAUUUCACGUAGCUUAAAAUCAAGGCUACCAAGUAAAAAAAUUACAAGACUCUCAUCUUCUUGUAUAGACCCUUCCAUCGGCCUCAAAGUUGAUCAAAAGGAAUUCCAAAGAGUAGCACUUAGUUUUGCAAGCAAUGAAAUGGCACCAUUCAUGAGUGAAUGGGACCAAAAUGAACAUUUCCCUAAAGAUGUCUUGAAGAAGGCAGCAUCACUUGGAUUUGGAGCAAUUUAUGCUCAAGAAGAAUAUGGUGGAAGCAAUUUAUCCAGAAUGGAUGCCUCUGUGAUAUUUGAAGCUCUGUCUACUGGAUGUGUAAGCACGGCAGCUUACUUGAGUAUUCACAACAUGGUAACAUGGAUGAUUGAUACUUUUGGCUCAAAGAAGCACAGAGAGAAAUAUAUACCACAUUUAGCAACAAUGGAGAAAUUCGCAUCCUACUGUUUGACGGAACCAGAUAGUGGAAGUGAUGCUUCUUCAUUGUCAACCACAGCCAAGAGAGAUGGUGACCACUAUGUACUUAAUGGAUCCAAGGCAUUCAUCAGUGGUGGUGGGGAUACUGAUGUGUACCUUUGCAUGGUACGAACUGGAGAACCAGGACCAAAAGGAAUCUCUAGUGUUCUCGUAGAAAAGGGAACCGAAGGACUUUCUUUUGGCGAUAAAGAAAAAAAGAUGGGAUGGAAUUCACAGCCGACUCGAGCAGUUAUAUUCGAGGACUGUAGAGUACCAGUGUCUAAUCGUAUUGGCGAAGAAGGCGAUGGUUUUAAAAUUGCAAUGAAAGGACUUAAUGGAGGGCGUAUUAAUAUAGCUUCUUGUUCACUUGGUGCUGCUCAAAUAGCGAUAGAAAAGACAAUCCAAUAUGUUAAAGACAGAAAACAGUUUGGAAAACCUCUUAUGGAAAAUCAGCAUGUGCAAUUCAAGUUGGCAGAAAUGGCAACCAACCUAACGGCAUCUCGACUGAUGGUUAGACACGCUGCCAGAAGCUUAGACAGUCAUUCGCCAAACGCUUCUUCCCUCUGCGGAAUGGCAAAACUGUUCGCAACGGACCAUUGUUUUCAGAUAACGAAUGAUUGUCUUCAGUUACAUGGCGGGURUGGAUAUCUUAAGGGUUACCCUGUACAGCAAUAUGUACGGGACACGAGGGUACAUCAAAUAUUAGAAGGGACAAACGAGAUAAUGAGAUUGAUAAUAUCCAGAGAUAUCCUUGGCUCAUGAUAUUGAAUCAUGGUAAAAUGUCUCCUUAGGGUUUUUAGUGAUACUACGACUAUAAAGACAUAAUCUUAAUUUUGGUUAACUAAAAUCGAACUAAAAAUUUAAUUUGUUGUGAAGACAAUUUCCCAAGGGAUAUGUACCAGUCGUAUUCUUCGAUUGCACGUUACAUCAUCGCGGUCAUGUUGGUGUUGUUUAACGAAGGAUUCUUAGUAGCAUCCAUUGUUAAUCGCACCAAGAUGGCUGCCAUGUUUUUGUCUCGUGACUCUCUUGGGAAUGCUGUCAUUACUACUUAUUACAAGAAUCCGUAAACAUCUUUAUAUCUAUCCCUGUUCGAAUUUCUAGAUCUUACUUCUAAGUGGCCAACUGCCUGUAUUCCUGCCGUUGAACUGUUCUUUUCCUGUUGCUAUAACUAAUUGUUUUAAAGUGAAUCAGUGUGUAUUUGCUCUGCAGCAUACGGAAUGUUUAUGGAUAGUAAUAAUUAUUUAAUGUAGUUAAUAAUAUUUUUAAUUUAUCUAAAGGUAUAUAGUUUCCAACGUGACAAUAGAGUGAAGGCAUUUAACUCGUGGAAUAAAAAUUAUUAGACAACGUGUAAUAGAGUGACCACAGUAAAUCCGUGAAACUUUAGUAAUACUAAUUAGCACAAUU